AAUAAAUGUUUGGUACUGUCGAAAUUAUAACAUCUCUAAUUUGAUAAGACCUAUGUAUUACUCAUCGACGACUAGUAAAUUCUUAUAAAUUCAAAGUUGAAAUUUGAACUUUCCGGGACUUCCGGGACUUAAAAAAAAUUGUCUUUGCUGUAGAACCUUAUAAUAAAACAAUGAACCACAAGGAUAAACAGACCCAUUGCAUUGAAUCUUUGGGGAUCCUCUGGCAGACGACUUCCGAGUUUCUGAGGCAGAUCUUCGACGAUCACAUUCCAUUUGAUGGACAGCAGAUUCUGAAGUUCUACAGCCACAUCUACCAAUAUUUCUCGACCUGGGCGCCCAACAUGAAUGCGCCUAGCCAAUAUGGAGGAACAUAUAUUUACGCGUGGUUGGGCAGCGACCUCACCCUUCGACUAAAGAACAUAUCAAAGGCUAUUAAGAAUCAAGAGUAUCGCGACGACCUGAUCGCCAAAUAUGUGGAGCACUGGCUGCAGUAUCAGAAGUCAUGCGAGAUACUGGACAAAGGUUGCCUCUACAUCAACCGCAACUGGGUGGAACGGGAGAGGUUUGAGGGUAGGAAAUAUAUUCAACCUGUAUAUCGCAUGGCCAUGAUUAAAUGGAAGGAAGAGGUCUUCCGUCCCAUUGACAGGGAGCUGGUCAAUGCCAUUACCACGAAUUUGAGGCAGAAGAACAGUGAAAGCACUAAGGCAUUGGUGUACCAGGUGCUCCAAUCCAUUGUGGAGCUGUACGCCAACGAUGAGAAGCAAGAAGUGCCAGUGUUAUCCAAGCUCGAAAAUGUUUUCAUGAAGGAUGUGGUGUGUUUCUACAAGACAUCGACCAUGGCCGAAUUCCAAAGGAUCAUCGUAUCCAAUGACCACACCGAUUUCAAGCACUUCCUUAAGUACGCAUGCCUAGCCAUGCCAGAAAUCGAGGAUGGGUUCGAAUUUAGGGCUUUCCUAAGAUCGCACCUCGCUGCGCAGCUGCAGGAGGCCAUUGCUAAAUCAUUAACAUGCAAGGACUAUAUCCAAGCCAUCUUCGGAGUUCGUAAUAGUACUUUGACGCGGGCAAUACGGGACCACAAAAACCUCUUGGCUAUAGUGGAUCGGGUGUGCGCGGAUGCCAUCAACAAAGUGGAUGAGGAAAGGAAUCCCAUUUCUCUGAUUGUGAUGUAUGCCGAUGAACUUAUGAGGAAAAAGCAGGAGUCCGAAAAAGCUAUUAUUGAAGAACUUAAGCGGAUCGUUGUACUAGUGGAGUUCCUGAACGACAAGGACACAUUCAUACGCUUCUAUUGGAACAUGCUUCGGAUUCGACAAAUCAAGGAGACAUCAGCCUCGGACGGCAAUGAGUCCACAAUGAUUUCGCUGUUGAGCAAAAAGUUUGGAGAUCUACUCAUUUGGGAUCUAAGGCAGCAGUUGAAGGAGCUAGAAUUGUCAAGGAUCAUUAAAAGUCAGUUUCAAGAUCACUUGAAUUUCAAGGGGGUCAAGCUAGGAUUCGAUUUUCGUCCAAAAUGCUUCCAAAAAAAGAAUGAACCGAAUUUUAAGUUCACUUUUCCCGACGAAUUGCAGCAAGCUUCGAUGGAGUUUUCGAUGUUUUUAAAAUAUCAUUCUCGCAAUGAGCGAAAAAUUUUUGAAUUUAAUAACAACUUAUCAUCUGGGGAGAUAUCCUGUCAUUUAAAUCAGUCGAUCCAUAUUAUUGAGUUGAGCACCUUUCAAAUGGCUAUUUUGCUGCUUUUCAAUCGGCAUGAACGAAUCACGGAGCAGGACAUGGCGUUGGCUUUGGGCGUAGAAGUGGAGACGCUUAAAGGGAAACUGAAGUUCUUGAACCAGAAACAGUUGCUGAUUUAUAAUGGAGCAUUUGUGGAAGUAAACAUGAACUUUACAAACAAGAAACGUCGCCUUGACUUCAUCAGUUACAAGACCAAAAUUAGAAAGCUCGAUGAUAACUGCAUAACUGAAUUAAAAAUAAGGCGAGCAAACCAAACGGAUGCUGCAAUAGCGCGCAUUAUGAAGAAGAACAGGGAACUUGAACACUCGGAACUUAUUUCACACGUUUUUGAGGAGCUUAAAAAUCUUUUUACGCCACAAGUGGGUUACAUCAGAGAAAGACUUGAAGCCUUGCUCAAUAUGAAGUGUCCAUGCGUGGAACGUUGUAAAUCCGGCACCUACAGAUAUGUGUAG